AUGUUGCAGUCGGUUGAUAAUUCUACCUACUUGGUGAAAUUUGAGAAGAAACCUGCUAAUGCUUCUAUCUGGAAAGGAAGUAACACUGAUCAAGGUGGUAAGAAGAAGAAGCAAGAGGUGAAAUGUAGUCAUUGUCACAGGGAAGGGCAUGAAGUGGACAGUUGCUUCUUCUUACAUGGUUUUCCAAGCUGGUAUAGUGGUUCUAGAAAUCUGAAUGCAGAGAAGAAGGUGUUUGCUCACAAUGCUGAACUGGAAACACCAGUUGAUGGAGGCAAUCAGGUUGCAGGGGUUCACUUAAAAACCAUGACGAUGAACUUCAACAACCUGCAGUUGUAG